CAGAAGGCUUUCCAGAAGGCAUGUGCGAUCGAAAUUUACCUUCAUAGAAAUGUCCCUCGACGUACCCUGUAGCCCUUCUUAAAAUGGCUGCUUCCAAGGACAACGAUUUAAUUGACAGUGAUGUACCAAAAGCAGUGUGUCUCCUGAACAAUCUCACAGAGCAGGUGGCUGCAGUGACCAGUCAUAUCAGAGACUUGCUGAAGAAAACACAAGAUGGAGUUUACCAAACAGCGAAGGGCUUGUCGUUCCUGGACCUGAGAUACCAGCUCCUACUUUUCUACCUGCAAGACGUCACCCACCUAAUUAGCAUCAAGUCUCAGGGGGGCAGCAUGGGAGAGAGCAGUGCCCUUCAAAGGCUCAUCACCGUCAGAACAGUUCUGGAGAAGAUGCGACCUCUGGACCAGAAGCUGAGGUACCAGAUAGACAAGCUGGUGCGCACGGCUGUGACUGGUGGCCUAGCGGAAAAUGAUCCCCUUCAUUUUCGCCCAAAUCCGGAGAAUCUCAUCAGCAAACUCAGUGAAUCUGAAGACUCUGGUGACGAUACUGGGACAAAAACCGACGAGUUUGGGAAGAAGGCGCCCUCUAGUGACAGGAAAUAUGUGCCUCCCAAGAUUGCCCCCAUGCACUAUGAGGGCGACUUGACGGAGGCGGACAGGAAGAAGGAGCAGGCGGACAGGCAGCGUAGGGCCGCGCUGCGCAGCUCAGUCAUCCAGGAGCUCCGGCAGCAGUACAGCGACGCUCCGGAGGAGAUCAGGGAACGCCGAGACUUCCAGACGGAACGUCAGGGCCGCGACGAGCAGCACAGGAAGAACUUUGAGGAGGCCAUGAUGGUGCGUCUGGCCGUGCCCAAACGAGACCGGGCUGUGCGGAAGAGAGGCAUGCUGGGAAUGUCCGGACAGCUGAGCGGAAUCACACGCUUCAGUGACAUCACCGCUCUGACGGGGGGGGAAGGCCAGGAUGUAGACAACCCCCGACCCAAGAAGAAGAAGAAACUAAUGAAGAAGAAAACCAAGAGGAAGGCUUUCAAGAAACACAGAUAGUUGGAGAAAGUUCCAGGACCCCAUGAUGCAUAUCCUGUUCAGAUCACCGACCUCACAAUCACCCACCAUACCAUGUGUUGCAUUUGCCUUUACUUUGAAAAUCCAUUACAUUCUUAUCUUUGAAUAAUAAAAUCUCAUGAGAUGAAA